AGUGAAUGAAUGAAACAUUCGACUAUGUUUAGAUUAGGCAUACCAAACAUAGGCUUUGAAAAUCGGAAACUAAGCCUAUGGGCAUGAGGUAUGUUUUCUCAAACGUUAAUCUGAUCCAUAUGAAUCGUUUUGGUGACUUAUGUUUUGUGCCAAAUAAUACAGAAACAGACUCACUUGUUGCUGGGUAAAACAUCGAUCUCAAAUCUGCAUUCUAGAGAGAGAGAAAGGAUAGAAGAAGAAUGAUAUAAAGGAGAUAAAAACUGACCCUUAGGAAGGCCAACAGUAAUUCCGGACACAAGUUGAUUAACGUGUAUAUAGUAUUACUGGCAUGGCCGUGUCACGUAUUCCUUCCCCACCUCCAAAUAAUGAAGCUAGUACACCUAUGGCGGAGAGUUGGUGUUACACUCAGGUGAAAGUGGUCAAAUUUUCAUACAUGUGGACAAUCAAUAACUUCAGUUUCUGUAGAGAAGAAAUGGGAGAAGUCCUGAAAAGUUCCACAUUCUCUGCUGGAGCAAAUGACAAACUCAGAUGGUGCUUAAGGGUCAAUCCAAAAGGUCUUGAUGAAGAAAGUAAAGAUUACUUAUCACUUUAUUUGUUACUAGUCUCCUGUAAUAAAAGUGAAGUCAGGGCAAAAUUCAAAUUCUCCAUUCUCAAUGCAAAACGAGAAGAAACAAAAGCAAUGGAGAGCCAACGAGCAUAUAGGUUUAUUCAGGGUAAAGACUGGGGUUUCAAAAAAUUUAUACGUCGAGAUUUUUUAUUAGACGAAACUAAUGGUUUGCUACCUGAUGACAAGCUCACAUUGUAUUGUGAGGUGAGUGUGGUCGCUGACUCUGUAAACAUCUCAGGACAAAACAAUGCCAUACAGUUUAAGGUGCCAGAGUGCCGCUUGUCAGAUGACUUAGGAUUGUUAUUCGAAAGUCAGAAGUUUAGUGAUGUUAUUCUUAAUGUAAAUGGAAGAGAGUUUUAUGGACACAAAGCUAUCUUAGCUGCACGAUCUCCAGUCUUUGCUGCUAUGUUUGAACAUGAGAUGGAAGAGAAGAAACAGAACCGAGUACAAAUAACAGACAUGGACCAUGAGGUGCUUAGAGAAAUGCUUCGGUUUAUUUAUACAGGGAAAGCACCAUGUUUAGAAAAAAUGGCCGAUGAUCUGUUAGCUGCAGCUGACAAGUAUGCCUUAGAGCGACUUAAGGUAAUGUGUGAGGAGGCAUUAUCGACCAGUCUUUCCGUGGAGACAGCUGCUGAUGUGCUAAUACUUGCAGACAUGCACAGUGCAGACCAGCUAAAAGCGCACUCUAUUGACUUCAUCAACACACAUGCAACGGAUGUUAUGGAAACUGCUGGAUUCAAGAGUAUGGUUCACAGACAACCACAUCUAAUAGCAGAAGCCUUUCGUGCCCUUGCAACUCAACAAGUCCCACCAAUAGGACCUCCAAGAAAAAGAAUAAAACAGUCAUAAGACCUAAUAUACCUCCUGAUUUCUUGUUCAUUAGAACAUAGUGUGUUUGCCAUCAAGUGCACAGUACCAAAUUUCUGACUUAAAUAAAUUAUUUGUGAAAUUACACUGAACAUCACCAUCUUGAACAUCAUCAUUAUCAUUUUGUUUUUUGUUUGUAAAAAUACCCAUCACUGGACAUGGUCCAUUUGCAGAAGCUUUAAGGAUGUAAUUUUUGUGUGUAUUCACUGUUCUUCUCAGAUCUUCAAACUGCGUGAUCAAUUUUGAAUUUCAAAAAAUGUAUUUUAGUAUGUGGGCAAAAAAAGAAAGUUUACAUUGACCAGUUUCUUGGUCAGUAUGUUAAAUAUGUGACCAAUGGGAAAAAUCUUCCAGUUUGACCUCAAGUGUAUUAUACUACAAGAUCCUAAACAUUGACAAUGAUUAAUUGACUAGAAGAGGACACAGUGUUCUCAUACAAAAGAAAUGUAGUAUGUAGUGAUAGCUUUUUACGUAGCCACUCCAACGUAUUUUGAUUUGUGUUUUUUUGUGAUAUUUUGAAUGAAUUGUCACCCAAUUCUCACUACUAGAUGGUUAGAAAUUAGAGUGAGCACUAAUUAGGGUGAAGGACUGUAUCCAGAAUGUUUGUGUUUGUUUAUCUUGUUAAUAUUUGUAAAUUUCAGAUGCUAAGAUUUAUAGAAAAGAGCAUGCAUGAAGUUUUUCUGUUUCAUAUUACACAUUUUAUUACCAAACAGUGGUGAAAUGAUUGUGUGUUAUAAGUAAAAGCAGACACAUCCAUAAACUCUCUGAAGUAUACACGUAUUUGGUAACAAUUAUUUUUAUCCACAUAGAAAAAGUUACACAAAUUACAAUUGAUAUGUUGUUAACAAGAAACCAUAACUGCAAACAUUAACAUUUUCCCAAAAAUGAUACAUGUGAUAAAGGCUGUGGAUUUUAUCAAUGUGGAUAAAUACCGAGUACGAGAAAAUUUAUAUUCAAUUAAUGUUCUUUAAGCUACUUCCCUUUAAAAAUAGUUUUUUUUAACUUUUAAAAAAUUAAAGAAUAAAUGUACAUAGAUGAAAAACAAUAAUGUUAUGGAAAAUAUCAGUAUAAAGAAAACAGUUACCAUAUCUACAGGGAUAGAAAUAAUGAAAUAAAAUUACAUUUACUCGAGGGAAAGCUAUCGGGAAGAUUACAUUUCCAUCAUGUAAAGUUGCAUUUCCUCAUGAAUUGUUUUCUUAUUUAAUUCAUGGAAUAUGUUCACUUUUAUUGGUCAUAACUAAAGGAAUACAGAUGGACCAUGGAAUCCCGAUCGAGAAAGCCAACUAAAAUGAUAAAAUUCCUCGGGAAUGUAAUAUUUUAAUCCCUGAUCUGCAUUAAAUGGAUUUAAAAUAAAUUAUGAAUGGUCCUUUUGUUUGAAUGUGAAAUAGGUUCAAUAAACCACUUUUACAGUUAAUUAAAACUGUGUCCUCAGAUCAAAUUUUUUAGGCUGUAGAAAUGACUGUGUGUGUAACAGAUAUUCAUUAAGGUCAGUUUAUUUCAACUUGAAGACACAUAUAUGAUAUAUGUAAAGUGUUGGUAGGAAGACUUUAAACAUUUGUUAAACUGAAGGUUAAUUUCUGUAUACAUCCUUGCUUGAUUGUUUACUUGUCAGGAUGGUUUAAAAUUAUCAAAAGAAGAGUUGACAUGAGAACUAGGAAAUAGUUUCCGUUGAGAAGUACAAGUACAUUACAGUGUAUCACUAUCAGUAGAGAAAUUACUGGUUCCAGUGAUUGGACUAUCAUCUGUAGUCAAAUAGUUGAAAACCUUAUGUUAUUAGUAGGACUUAUCUUCUUUGUCAGUAAUUUAUUUUUAAACUGUUAUAACUAUAGUCUAGUAGAAGAUUGGAAGCAGAAUCGCUAUUUACCUACCUCCUUCACUCGUGGUUCCAUCACAGCUUGUUAAAAUUUUAACUUCAAAGAGUUAAAAUGUACAGAACAAAAACGAAGUAAAUUGGAUGUGACACUUUUUAGAAGUAAGAUUAUUUUAGAUAUAUAUACUUUCCAUUUUACGAGAUGUUUUCUGAAUAGCAGAACAAAAGGGCAUUUUUGAAAAAUAGUAAAAAUAUCACCUUAAAUUUUCUAAGGAGGAUUUCUUUCUUAAAAAUUAUAUAAAAACGUAAGCAUCCCUAUGUUCGUAUAAAAUUGGUAUUUGCAAAAGCUAAAGUUCUUUGAAAUCUGGCAAUAAGUUUUUAUAACCAUUAGUAUUAGUCCUGUAUCUUAAUGCUGCCACCUUGAAGCUGAAUCUAAUCUCCUGGAAUAAAUAUACAGAAACGACUGUGUGUUUUUUAUUCAAGUUUCAACCUAUGCUUCAGUUCAUAGCCAAUGUUUUGUCGAAAAUUUCAUUGUGGUACAAAAAUAAUUAAAACUCAGUGGUUCAAACUGAUUUGAAGUAAAACCUUUGAAUAAGUAACUGACCCUUGUGAAUAGAGUGAGAGUUAUGUGAUAACAUUAUCAAGUCAUCUUCUGUUCAGUUUAAAUACUGUUUGUGUAUGUCAAGUGUAAAUUGCUAGUGGUUAAUAUUACUUACUCUCUUGUUUUGCAUAUUUCUUUCAACUGUGAUGCUGUUCUCUAAACCUCAUCUAGCAAAGGUGUUUAAUUGGAAAUUUCAACAUAGAACUUUACUCAUUAUUUAGUAAAAGAUUGUGGAAAGAUGAGAUGAGUCCAAUUAAUUUGAUUUUUUGACCUGUUACAGUAGUGUGAUCAUGUUUUCAUACUUUCUUCAAGUUACCUGAAAUAAAUUCUUCAGUCAUGGAAGUG